AUGGAAGCGGACGUACGAUAUACUUUUCUGGACGCGCUGGACCACCUGCCGUCGGAUCUUAUCCGAAGCCUAUGGGUGAUCCAGUCCCUGGGCCUACGCAGCGAGCCGGAUCGAGCGUUUGUGGACCAAGAAGCGCUGAAAGAAGCGCAGCACAUCGAAAGAAUGCUUCAGCAGCAGCAAGAGCGACUGGAGUUCCAGAUGCAGGAAAUGCAGGAAAUGGCUGCGAUUCAGGCCAGGUACAUGGCGCACGAGGGCGCCAUUGAGGUGAAGACCAAAACUGCCAAAACAAAGAACACCAAGUAUGCCGCGCAACAGCAAGCAGGACGACUGCCACAGAUCCCAGAGCCGCUGAAGAUUAAGAUAAACCUCAAACCCAGCCACCCGCAAGAAACGGUCUAUUGUACAUGCAGGGACGUUUCCUACGGUGCCAUGGUCGCAUGCGACAACAAAAAGUGUCCCACCGAGUGGUUUCAUUACGGAUGUGUUGGGCUGACGCAUGCACCCAAGGGGAAGUGGUACUGCAGUGAACGCUGCAACCGGCAGGCCAACAAGAAGAGGUUUAUGAAUUUAUGA